UUUUUCUUUGACUAAUACAGAUUAAUUAGAAUAGUUUCGAACUUAAAAAGCUAUCACAUCUUAUAGAGCAAACAAUUUUCUACAAACUGGUGUACUUGUUCAAUUUUCGCGUGCUCCUCGUCACUCUUUUUAGACACGUUUUUCAGAUAGCUUCAAAAUCGAUUUUUAAGGCUGUUUGUAUAAUAGCUGUAUUUUCAUAACAAAUCAACGUUCAGAGUCGAGACACUUUUCAGUUUGUAGAGAAAUGUUUAAUCUACUUAAUUAUCUAGUUGUAAUUUUAGAUUAUUUUCUAACUUUAGUGCCACAGUUCUUUGAAAAAGAGCGAAAAAAGGAGACAGUUAGCUGGACAAGCCAAUUAAUCAAAAUUUUAAACGAAUUUUAUUUCUCUUUCUCUUAGAUAUUGAAUCUUGUUCAAGCAUUGCGUGACGGAAAAUCUCCAUUUGAACUUGUUCAAAUGCCUCCUGUGAUUAUUGAACGUCUGGGACAAACAAGAAAACAAUUUAAACAAAAGUUUAUUGAUAGUUAUCCCCUAUUUUCCUGGUUUUAA